GGCAGGAACAACAACAUCCUGGGCCUGUGACGGAUUGAGUUGCCAUCACAACAAUUGCCCCUUUUCCAGCUGACCUUUUGUGUUUGAAGCCAGAUUGGGCUUUGCCAGACUUCAUUCUGAAGAGCAAAAAUGCACUCUGCGUGAGCGGGCAUUUGUACAACUCUUCUGUGGCUAAACCGGCGAUCCGAUACCGCUUGUCGAUAAGAUCAACCACCUGGGCCCCCAAGGUGCCCGCCAAGGCUUGCUUCCCGUCUCCGAGACUGUACAUACAUACAUCAUUCUCGACUUGUCUCCGACUCCUAGGACGACCCUGUACCCGAUUCUUGACUGUCGAACUUGCGCUUCGCUGCGCCGGCGGAUUCCAGCAACAUGUCUUUUCUUUUUGGGCGGACGCGCACAAGGACCAAUGCGACCGACCUGCCCAAGCAGGCAAGGGAGCAUAUCUCCAAGUUGGAGGGACCGCAAGGAGGGCCAAAGGCAGAUGAGCUAGCAAAGGUUCUAUCGCAAAUCAAAAUGGUUCUCCAAGGCACUCCCGAAGCCGAACCCUCCCCCGAACAAAUCUACCAAUUGAUCACCGGUAUGAUCGAAGAAGAUGUCCUCUACCUCCUCGCCGCCAACCUCCACCGUCUCCCCUUCGAAUCUCGAAAAGAUACCCAAGUCAUCUUCUCCUACAUCUUCCGGUUCCGCACCCCCGCCGGCGUUCAGAAACCCGAACCCUUAGCCCUGGCCUGGGUGGUAGAAAAGAGACCGCAAGUACUGGUCGAGCUAUGCAAGUCGUACGAUCACAAGGAGAGCGCUACGCCGGCUGGGACAAUACUGCGCGAGGUUCUCAAGAAUGAGGCCGCCGCUGCGGUGAUACUGUACGACGACGGCGACGAGAUGGGGUCCAGCUCGAGGGGCUUGGGCGCUAUCAACCCCGAAAGGCCACAAACUGGCAACGGGAUUUUCUGGAAGUUUUUUGAGUGGAUAGAUAAGAGCUCUUUUGAGGUGGCGGCGGAUGCUUUUACCACGUUUAGAGAACUCCUCACGAAACACAAAGAACUCGUCCCAAAAUACCUCGCCGUCAACUUUGACCUCUUCUUCUCUCGGUACAACUCGGUCCUGGUUCAAUCCAACAGCUACGUCACCAAGCGGCAGUCGAUCAAACUGCUCGGCGAGAUAUUGCUCGACCGAUCAAACUACAACGUCAUGACCGCCUACGUCGACAGGGGGGAGCAUCUGAAGAUCUGCAUGAACUUGCUCAGAGACGACCGGAAAAUGGUGCAGUAUGAGGGGUUCCACGUUUUCAAAGUCUUUGUGGCGAACCCGCACAAGAGCGUGCCGGUGCAGAAGAUAUUGCUGAUGAACAGGGAGAAGUUGCUGCACUUUUUGAGUCAUUUUCUAGAGGACAGGACGGACGAUGAGCAGUUUAUUGACGAGAGGGAGUUUUUGAUCAAGCAGAUUAGGAACAUGCCGAGUCAGCCUGUUCAGCCGCAACAUCGGUAGGGCCGAGGUGGUGGUGGUGAGGAGGGGCGACAGCACUAUCAGCAGCAGUAUCGGGAGUAUCAGGAGCAGCGGGGGAGGUUGCAGCAGCAGUGUGAGCAGCAGGAGAGGCGCCAGCAGCAGCAGCAGAGGCGGGUUUAAAGGUGCCUAGGUUGGUUGGGAUUGUUUGGGAUGGAUGGAUUGAGAUUGGUGGAAAUCAAAUUGGGUUGUUGUUGUUUGGUUGGUUUUGUUUGUGUAUUGAGGGAUCGAUGGGCCCCGGUUAGGGUGGGCUGGUUGUUCGGUCGGGUUGGGUUUUUAGGUGUUGGGUUUUUGCAUCAUGUGAGAAAAUGGGAGGAGUUUUUUUUAGAGAGAGUGUGAAAGAGAAAUAAACGGUAAUGUAAUUACCUCGAGAGUAAGGGAGAGAAAAAGAUAAAGUACUACUGGGACAGACAGAUACAACAAUCAUUGUGGUCUUACUGUAGGGGGGAGGUUUGGAGAAAAGGGUAGCUUGUGUAGUUUGCAUUGUCAGAUGAGAGGAGACGAUGGGGCCUGGUACCUGGUAAAGAUACUGUAGAUAGUUUUCAACUAUAAUGUUCCCAAUAUGACCACUGA